AUGAAAAGAAUCUAUUCAAUACCAUGCACAUCAAUGACAUCAAAUAUCAAUGAUCAAUGUCUAUUUAAAUGGCAGACAAAAAAAUCCAAAUAUUUAGCCAUUUCAACUGAUAAUAUCAUUAAUAUUUAUAAUAGACAUGGUGAACAUGUUGAUCAGAUAAAUUUAUUUGGUUUAUGUACAGCACUUUGUUGGGAUGAAGAUGGUGAUUGGUUGGCAAUUAUAACAAAUCGUUCAUCAUUAAUAUUUCUUUGGAAUUCUAUUACAAAUAAAUUGGAACAAAUUGAUUCCGGAAUGAAAGAAACAUUAACAACAAUAUCAUGGUCAAAAUUAAAUCAUUCUAAUCUAUUAUUAGGUACAAAUAAAGGAAAUAUACUAAUUUAUAAUAAUCAAACAGCUCGUAAAAAUCCAAUUUAUGGUAAACAUAAUAAACGUAUUAUUAGCUGUUGUUGGAAUUCAAUCGGUACAGCCAAUAUGUUUGCUAUUGUUGGUGAAGAUCAUAUAUUAACUGUUAAUAAUGAAGAUGGUGAUACAUUAAUACAUAAUACAUUAAAAGGUGAUGGAUCAAAUGUAAAAUUUUUUUAUUCAUAUCAGGAUACAACGAUAACAACAUCACCAGCAUCAUCAACAUUAACAAAAUCGAAUAAUAAUAAUAAUAUUGAAAAUGGUGUUUGUCUUGUAUUGAACAAACGAAUGUUAUAUAUGUUAAACAUACAGGAUAGUGAAAAUUCAUUUAUUUUAAAUUUUAAAGAUUGGUAUGAAAAUAUUAUCGAUUAUUAUUGUUAUCCGAGUGGAAAUAUUUUCAUUGCAUUUACAUCUGGUUUGAUUAUAACCAUAUCAACGGGUAUGAAAAAUUUCGGUGUGGAAUUAUUACAGAUUAAAGCACAUAGAGAAUCGAUGACAACAUUUAAUGUUUGUAUGAAUAAUAAUCGUAUUGCAACUUGUGAUGAAAAUAAUAUCAAAAUAUUUGAUCUUUAUGAACAUAAUGAUAUUGAAAGUGUAUUUACUGUUGAUGAUGAACCAUCAAUUGUUCAAAUUGAUUGGACAGCCGAUGGACAAUUAUUAGCAUUAUGUUCAAAUUCGGGAAAUAUUCAUGUUUAUUUAUCACAAUUAAAAAUUAUUGGUGAUAAUUGUGGUACUAGUUUAGCAUUUUUAUCAUCAUUACUUGAAGUAACUGUAUUCAAUGUACAUGAAGAGAUACAAGAUUCGGUUAUGAUUGUACGUAUUGAAAUUGAACCAUCACGUUUAGCAAUUGGUCCAUUUCAUUUAGCUAUUGCAAUGAACAAUAAAGUAUGGCUUUAUAUACUUACGGAAAUUGAAAUGCCACCACAAGAAUGUGAAUAUACAGGAAUAAUCAAAGAUAUUAAAUUGAAUCAAUUUUAUAUGGUUAUUUUGUUUACAAAUGGUUCAUUACAAUUUCAUCCGAUUGAACAACGUCAGCAAAAUAUUAAUGUUCAAUCAAAUAAUAAUAAUAAUAAACAACAGUAUUUUUUAUAUCCGGAUAGCCAAAAACAGGAACAAAUUGGAAUGAAUAAUAAAAAAAUUUCAGUCACAUCAUUAUGUUUAACCAAUGAAUUUCUUAUAUUUGCUACUGAUAAUGGUACAAUUAUAUAUUUUAUUAUUGAAGAUUGGGAUAUGACUGUUGUAUAUAGACAUCGAGAAUCAAUACAAAUGAUUCAAUGUAAUCAAAAUGGUACAAGAUUAGUUUUGAUUGAUUCAAGAAAUGAAGCUUAUGUUUAUAAUGUUUAUGGUGAAACAUUGAUAUCGAUACCAACCGAUCAUGUACCAUCAAGACCUUUAAAAAUUUUAUGGGAAAGUUGGAUGCAUGAUCAUUGUGUGUUUACUAUUUGUGAUAAUAAAUUUAUUCAUGUUUAUUCAUCACCAUUAACUACGAUACAUGGAUCGAUUGUCGAUUUUGUUGGUCGUAUGAAAAUCCCAAGUGGACAAUAUCCACUUCUAUUAUAUAACGGUGUGGUAGUAUGUCAAACAAAAAGUGGUAAAACAUCAAAUUUUGUUCUAUCCACUCAUGAUUAUGCUAUCAAAAAUAACUCCAAUACAACGAUUCCAUCAACAUUUAAACGUGAUGUAUUUCGUAAUAUUCUUAAACUUCGUCGUUAUCAAGAUGCAAUCAAAAUCUGUAAUUUUCUUGGUUCAGAUGAAUCCGAAGAUCUAUGGAUUGCUGUUGGUCGUGCAGCCAUUCAGGAUUUAGAUUUAAAUGUAGCCAUUUGUGUUUAUCAAAAAUUGUAUAAAUUUACAAUUGUUUAUUGUCUGGAACGUUAUCGUAAUCAAGAAGAACAUAGUCUUUUAUGUGGCUUAUUGGCCGAAAUGUUGGCCAAUUAUGAUCUUGCACAGAAACAUUUUCUCAAUUCAUCGCAACCGAUACGAGCAUUGGAAAUGCGUAAAAAUCUUCAACAUUGGAAUGAAGCGUUAGCAUUAGCACGACAUUUAUUGCCCAACGAUAUACCGAUUAUUUCUCGUGAACUUGCUUUUGUUCAAGAAUUACGUCAAGAAUAUUCAAAAUCAUUGGAAAAUUUCGAGGCCGCAUUGAAUAAUCAAUCAUCGGAUGAAGCGAACGACAAUGAAAAAAUGAAAAAUGAAUCAAAAGAACUGAUCGAUAACAGUGAACAUAAACAACUUUGUCUGGCUGGAAUAGCAAGAAAUUCAAUUCGAUGUGGUAAUCUUAAAAAAGCGUUAACAAUUGCCAACCAAUUGAAUGAUGCUAAAUUGAUUCAAGAAUGUGCAUCAAUUUUGGAAAGUUUCAAUCAUAUUCAAGAAGCUGCUACUCUAUAUGAACGAUGUCAACAGUAUAAUCAGGCAGCUACAUUGUAUCUGAAGGUAAAAAAUUCAGCUAAAUUGUCUGGUCUUAUAUCGAAAAUAUCGGAUCGAGAAAUUCUUGGCCAAUAUGGUCGGAUUAAAGAAAUGGAAAAACAAUUUCGACAUGCAGCGGAAAUAUAUGGGAAAGCUGAACGAUGGGAAGAUGUUGUUCGCAUUAACCUGGAUCAUCUUAAUAAUCCGGGUGAAGCCGUUAAAAUUGUACGUGAACAUCAAUCAAUUGCUGGUGCAAAAUUAGUUGCAAGAUUUUUUCAACGUCUUAAUGAUAUGACAGCAGCUAUUGAAUUUUUAAUAAUGUCCAAAUGUUAUGAUGAUGCAUAUAAUCUAGCAUUGACAACAGGACAAAUGGAUAUUUAUGCUGAUAUUAUGCAAUAUCAUGCAAAUGGAAAAACCAAUCUACAACAUUUCCGUACGAUUGCCAUCUAUUAUGAACAAGAGAAUAAUUUAUUCAAAGCUGGUAAAUUUUAUUGCAUUGCACGGAUGUGGCGGAAAGGCGUUAAAUUAUUGUUGGAAUCUACAACGAAAAUGCAACAAAAUUCAAUAAAUAAUAAUCGUCAAUUGAUGAAUAACAACAACAACAACAAUAAUAAUAAUACAAUUGAAUUGAAUGGUGAUUCGAAUAGUCAUCAUCAAAAAAUGGAAAAUGAAGCAUUAACAAUGGCAAUCGAUGUUGCUGCUCGUGUACAUGAUGAACAAAUCACAAGACUUAUAUUAGAUUAUUUAAUGGGUGAAACGGAUGGUAUACCAAAAGAUUUUAAAUACCUUUUUCGUUUAUAUAUGAAAUUGAAAUAUUAUGCUGAAGCGGCAAAAACGGCAACAAUUAUUGCUAGAGAAGAACAGAUGUCCGGUAAUUAUCGUAAUGCACAUCAACUAUUUUUUAGUAUGUGUAUUGAAUUACGAAAAAAUCAUAUAGCAAUACCAUCGGAAAUGGUAUUCAAUUUAAUGUUAAUACAUAGUUAUAUGUUGGCCAAAUUGUGGAUACGGAUCGGUGAUCAUCAGAUAAGUGCAAAACUAUUGAUAAGAGUUUAUGAUAAUAUUAAUCAAUUUCCUUCACAUUCUGUUCAGAUUUUAACGUCUGUUGUUGUUGAAUGUAUUCGAGCUGGUUAUAUGCGUAAUGCACUAAAAUAUGCUUUUAUAUUGAUGAAACAAGAAAAUCUUAAUCAAAUUGAUUCUAAAUUGAAGAAAAAAAUCGAAAAUCUUGUACGUAAAUCAGCUUCUUCAGAAAAACGAAUAUCUAGUCAUGAAGAACUUCGACAAGAAUUAGCUAUCGAAUCAAAUCCAUGUCCAUAUUGUAGCGAAUCAGUUUUGGAUGAUGAAUUUGUUUGCAAUGGAUGUCGAACAGCCAUACCAUUUUGUAUUGCAAGUGGAAUGCAUAUCCGCAAAUCAGAUCUAACAAAAUGUUUUCAUUGUCAAUUUCCAGCCAUAAAAACCUAUCUAUUGAAAUUGUUAAAAUCAUCAACAACGAUUAAAAAUACAAACAAUAAUAAUGAUUAUGGUGAUGAUAACAAUGAUAAUAAUUAUUGUCCAAUGUGUGAACAAAAAAUUGAUAAAGAUCAAUUAAAACAAAUAACUAUGGAUGAAAUUUUCAAUAUAAAUAUUUUAGAUGAUCAUGAUUCGUAAAUAGAAUAAAUGAAAUAAAUUAUCAUUUAUUAGAAUCAAAUAGAUUUACAAUGUUACAAUCAAAUGACUUUAUCAUUAAAACAACUAAACCAAAAAACGAAACAAAACACAACCACGACGGGUGAGCAGAGAUGAAAAAAACAUUCA